AUGGUUAUCGUGACACGGGGCGACUACAUAUGGAUCGAACCGACGACCGGGGGCGAAUUCGACGUGGCGAUUGGUGCCCGCGUGAUUUCGGCAGAAGGCAGGCGCAUCGCUGUGCGGGACGACGACGGCAACGAGCAAUGGCUGCCUGCAGAGAGGAGGAUCAAGGCCAUGCACGCCACCUCGGCUCAUGGGGUCGAGGACAUGAUCAGUUUAGGGGAUCUGCACGAAGCUGGCAUCCUCAGGAACCUGCAUAUCAGAUACAAAGAGAACCUCAUAUAUACGUACACUGGUUCGAUCUUGGUAGCAGUUAACCCGUACCAAAUCCUACCCAUCUACACCGCUGAUCAGAUCAAACUGUAUAAAGACAGAAAAAUUGGAGAACUGCCACCUCACAUUUUCGCAAUCGGAGAUAAUUCUUAUAGUCAUAUGCGCAGGUAUGGUCAGGACCAAUGUAUAGUAAUCUCUGGAGAAUCUGGUGCUGGGAAAACAGAAAGUACAAAGCUAAUCUUGCAAUAUUUAGCUGCUAUAAGUGGCAAGCAUAGCUGGAUAGAACAGCAAAUUCUGGAAGCCAAUCCUAUUUUAGAAGCAUUCGGUAAUGCCAAGACUGUCAGAAAUGAUAAUAGUUCAAGGUUUGGCAAAUACAUCGACAUCCACUUCAGCCCAACCGGGGUCAUAGAAGGUGCCAAGAUAGAGCAGUAUUUGCUAGAGAAAAGCAGAAUAGUUUCCCAAAAUCCUGAUGAAAGGAACUAUCAUGUUUUCUACUGUCUCUUAGCCGGUUUAGGAAAAGAAGAUAAGAAAAAAUUGGAGUUAACUGAUGCUAGUCAAUACAGAUACCUUACUGGGGGUGGAUGUAUAACCUGUGAGGGUAGGGAUGACACAGCCGAAUUUGCGGAUAUCAAGAGUGCUAUGAAAGUCCUUCUGUUUAGUGACCAGGAAAUCUGGGAGAUCAUGAAACUGUUGGCGGCCAUAUUGCACAUUGGAAACAUCCGAUACAAAGCCACCGUUGUUGAUAAUUUGGACGCCACAGAGAUUCCAGACCACACUAACGUCCACAGGGUAGCCAAUCUGCUUGGUGUCCCCAUCCAGCUUUUGAUAAACGCUUUGACUCGAAAAACAUUGUUCGCUCACGGUGAGACUGUCGUUUCCACAUUGUCCAGGGAUCAGAGCGUUGAUGUCAGAGAUGCCUUCGUAAAAGGCAUCUACGGGAGGAUGUUUGUGCAUAUAGUCAGAAAGAUCAACAAAGCCAUUCAUCGACCAAAAGAGAGGCAACGAACUACGAUAGGCGUGUUGGACAUCUUCGGCUUCGAGAAUUUCGACCACAACAGCUUCGAGCAGUUCUGCAUCAACUUCGCCAACGAAAAUCUGCAACAGUUCUUUGUCCAGCACAUCUUCAAAUUAGAACAAGAGGAGUACAACGUCGAAGGCAUCAACUGGCAGCACAUUGAGUUUGUUGAUAAUCAAGACGCCUUGGAUCUAAUCGCCAUCAAACAGCUGAACAUCAUCGCCUUAAUCGAUGAGGAGAGCAAGUUUCCUAAGGGUACUGAUCAUACUAUGCUCGCAAAAUUGCAUAAGCAGCAUGGGGCGCAUAGGAACUACCUUAAGCCAAGAUCCGACAUAAAUACCAGCUUCGGCCUGAACCAUUUCGCCGGCGUCGUCUUCUACGACACUCGCGGUUUUCUGGAGAAGAACAGAGACACCUUCAGCGCGGACCUUCUGCAUCUGAUCACCAUCAGCACCAACAAGUUCCUGCAGCAGAUCUUCGCCGAAGACAUCGGAAUGGGCUCGGAGACCAGGAAAAGGGCACCCACGCUGUCCACGCAGUUCAAGAAAAGUCUGGACUUGCUGAUGCGGACGCUGUCGAACUGUCAGCCGUUUUUCAUUAGGUGUAUCAAGCCCAAUGAGUUUAAGAAGCCUAGUAUGUUUGACAGGACGUUGUGUUGUAGGCAACUGAGAUACUCGGGAAUGAUGGAAACCAUACGUAUCAGACGAGCAGGUUACCCCAUAAGACACACCUUCGCAGAGUUUGUGGAAAGGUACCGUUUCCUGAUAUCCGGAGUGCCCCCAGCUCAUAAGACGGAAUGCCGAGCCGCUACACAAAAAAUAUGCGCUAUGGUCUUGGGAAAGUCAGACUAUCAACUUGGUCACAACAAAGUGUUCCUGAAAGAUGCUCAUGACCUGUUUUUGGAGCAGGAGAGGGAUAGAGUGCUGACUAGGAAAAUAUUGAUACUGCAAAGAUCUAUCAGAGGUUGGGUGUACCGCAGAAGGUAUCUAAGACUCAGAGCUGCCACAAUCUCGAUCCAAAGGUUCUGGAAAGGCUAUAUACAAAGACAACGGUAUAAGAAGAUGCGAGUUGGAUAUAUGCGACUUCAAGCCUUGAUACGUGCCAGAAUUUUGUCUCAUAGAUUCCAGCACUUACGAGGACACAUUGUUGGACUUCAGGCACACGCUAGAGGUUAUUUGGUGAGGAGAGAGUAUGGACAUAAAAUGUGGGCGAUAAUCAAGAUACAGUCGCAUGUGAGAAGAAUGAUCGCUCAAAAGAAAUUUAGAAAGAUCAAGUUCGAGCAGAAGCAUCAAAUCGAAGCGCUUAGAUUGAAGAAAAAGGAGGAGAGAGAAUUGAAAGAUGCUGGAAACAAAAGAGCUAAGGAAAUUGCGGAACAACAUUAUAGGGAACGUAUUUAUCAACUGGAAAGGAAAGAAAUGGAGCUAGAAAUGGAAGAGAGAAAACAAGUCGAAGAAAAGAAGAAUAAGAUAAAUGAAGCUGCUAGGAAAGCUGAUGAACCAGUUGAUGAUUCAAAAUUGGUUGAGGCGAUGUUCGAUUUUCUUCCAGAUAGUUCUAGUGAAGCACCGACUCCAGGUAGAGAAACAUCUGUGUUCAAUGACCUUCCCUCCACUCCCGCUGAAAAUGAAAUCAUCAGCCCAAUGGCAGUCGCUUCCGAAGACGAAGAAGAUUUAAGCGAGUAUAAAUUCCAGAAGUUCGCGGCAACUUAUUUCCAAGGCAACGUUGGACAUCAGUAUUCUAGAAAACCUUUGAAACAUCCAUUGCUGCCGCUUCAUACGCAAGGGGAUCAACUGGCUGCCCAAGCGUUAUGGAUAACUAUUCUCCGCUUCACUGGCGAUCUACCAGAACCUCGUUAUCACACAAUGGACAGAGACAACACCUCAGUCAUGUCGAAAGUGACUGCAACGCUUGGCCGCAACUUCAUACGAAGUAAGGAGUUUCAGGAGGCUCAACUUAUGGGAAUGGACCCUGAAGCAUACAUAAUGGGCAAACAAAAACCGAGAUCGAUUCGGAACAAACUAGUGUCACUGACGUUGAAAAGAAAAAACAAGCUUGGAGAAGAUGUAAGAAGGAAGCUACAGGAUGAAGAAUACACUGCUGACAGCUACCAGUCGUGGCUAGAGUCACGACCAACCAGCAAUUUGGAAAAACUACAUUUUAUCAUCGGACAUGGUAUUUUGAGAGCAGAACUUAGGGAUGAAAUCUAUUGCCAAAUCUGCAAGCAACUAUCGAACAACCCUUCAAAGUCGUCACACGCACGCGGAUGGAUCCUUCUGUCACUUUGCGUGGGGUGUUUUGCACCCUCUGAAAAGUUCGUCAACUACCUUAGGGCGUUCAUAAGGGAAGGUCCGCCCGGUUACGCACCCUAUUGUGAAGAUCGACUGAAACGGACCUUUAAUAAUGGUACUAGGAAUCAACCACCCAGCUGGCUAGAACUCCAAGCAACAAAAUCGAAAAAACCCAUCAUGCUACCAAUCACAUUCAUGGAUGGUAACACGAAGACUCUUCUGGCAGACUCGGCGACGACAGCUCGUGAACUGUGCAAUCAACUCUCUGAUAAGAUCGGACUUAAGGACCAGUUCGGGUUCUCCCUGUACAUCGCGUUGUUCGAUAAGGUGUCCUCGUUAGGUAGUGGAGGGGACCAUGUUAUGGACGCUAUAUCCCAAUGCGAGCAAUAUGCCAAAGAACAAGGUGCUCAAGAGCGAAACGCUCCUUGGAGAUUAUUCUUCAGGAAAGAAAUUUUUGCCCCUUGGCACGAACCAACAGAGGACCAGGUUGCAACAAAUCUCAUUUAUCAACAGGUUGUGAGAGGAGUGAAGUUCGGCGAAUAUCGCUGUGACAAAGAAGAAGACUUGGCCAUGAUUGCAGCUCAACAAUAUUUUAUAGAAUAUGAUACUGAUAUGAACGUUGAAAGACUGUUAACCUUAUUGCCAAACUAUAUUCCCGACUACUGCUUGACUGGUGUAGAAAAAGCUGUAGAUAGGUGGGCUGCUUUAGUGGUGCAGGCGUACAAGAAAAGCUAUUAUUUGAAAGAAAAGGUUCCGGCAUCGCGAGUUAAGGAAGACGUUGUGAGCUACGCGAAGUUCAAAUGGCCACUGCUAUUUUCCAGAUUCUACGAAGCCUAUCGCAACUCAGGCCCAAACCUUCCCAAGAACGACGUGAUAAUCGCCGUGAACUGGACAGGCGUGUAUGUUGUAGAUGACCAGGAACAGGUCCUUUUGGAACUGUCCUUUCCAGAGAUCACCACUGUGUCCAGUCAGAAGACUAACAAGGUCUUCACACAGACAUUCAGCUUGAACACCGUCCGCGGAGAGGAAUUCACUUUUCAGAGUCCUAACGCUGAGGAUAUUCGAGAUUUGGUUGUCUAUUUUUUGGAAGGUCUGAAGAAACGUUCAAAGUACGUAAUCGCCCUGCAAGACUACAAAGCACCUGGCGAAGGCAGCAGCUUCCUGAGUUUCUCCAAAGGUGAUCUGAUUAUCCUCGAGGAGGACAGUACGGGUGAAACGGUGCUGAACAGCGGUUGGUGCGUGGGAAGGUGCGACAGGACAGGGGAGAGGGGGGACUUCCCUGCUGAGACAGUUUACGUGCUGCCCUGUAUGGCCAAGCCGCCCCAGGACGUCUUGCAGCUCUUCUCUGUAGAAGGAGCUGAGCAUGGACGUCGUUUGAGUCACCAAUACGUAACUAAUGGUACAGAAGCCAGAGAUCGACCACAUACCCUAGCGGAAUAUGCCAUAGACCAUUUCCGACCACCUGGUAAACGGACUUUGUCCAAAGGACUCACUUUGUCCUCGAAUCGACGUUCAUCUUCAGCGGCGGCUGAUGAACUUUGGAGGCAUUCUAGAGAACCAAUAAGGCAACCAUUGCUGAAAAAACUUUUGGCAAAGGAAGAGCUAGCUGAAGAAGCAUGCUAUGCCUUCACUGCUAUUUUGAAAUACAUGGGUGACAUGCCUUCAAAAAGGCCGAGGCUAGGAAAUGAAUAUACUGACCAUAUUUUUGAUGGCCCAUUGAAGCACGAGAUACUGAGAGAUGAAAUCUACUGUCAAAUUAUGAAACAGCUCACAGACAACAGAAAUAGAUUGUCAGAGGAGCGAGGGUGGGAGCUUAUGUGGCUGGCAACCGGUCUAUUUACCUGUUCUCAAGGCCUGUUGAAAGAAUUAACAACGUUCCUCAGGAGUCGGCGUCACCCUAUUAGCCAAGACUCACUCCAACGGCUUCAAAAGACGCUGCGCAAUGGACAGCGGAAAUACCCACCGCACCAGGUGGAAGUCGAAGCCAUUCAGCACAAGACAACUCAGAUAUUCCACAAAGUAUACUUUCCUGACGAUACAGAUGAAGCGUUCGAGGUCGACUCUAGUACUAGGGCCAAAGAUUUCUGUCAGAACAUCAGUACUAGGUUGAACCUCAGAUCCAGUGAGGGAUUCAGUCUGUUUGUAAAAAUUGCGGAUAAGGUGAUAUCCGUGCCUGAAGGCGAUUUCUUCUUCGACUUCGUGCGCCAUUUAACGGACUGGAUUCGCAAGGCUCGUCCAUCCAGGGACGGUGUCGCUCCCCACUUUUCCUACCAGGUGUUCUUCAUGAAGAAGCUGUGGACGAACACGGUGCCCGGCAAAGACCGAAACGCUGAUUUGAUCUUCCAUUUUCAUCAAGAGUUGCCUAAGUUGAUCAGAGGGUACCAUAAAUGCACCAAAGAGGAAGCGGCGAAGUUAGCAGCGCUCGUGUACAGGGUGCGAUUCGGGGAGAGCAAGCAGGAGUUGCAGGCUAUACCCCAAAUGCUCCGCGAGCUGAUCCCCGCCGAUCUUGUAAAAGCCCAAAGCGCAGCCGACUGGAAACGAGCUAUCGUCUCUGCUUAUAAUCAAGAUGCAGGUACCAGCCCAGAAGAUGCCAAGAUCAUGUUUCUGAAGAUCGUCUAUCGAUGGCCGACAUUUGGAUCUGCCUUCUUCGAGGUCAAACAGACCACAGACCCCAAUUAUCCAGAAAUGUUGCUCAUCGCAAUCAACAAACAUGGAGUUAGCUUGAUACACCCGCAGACCAAGGAUAUCCUGGUAACGCAUCCCUUCACAAGAAUAUCGAACUGGUCAUCAGGCAACACCUAUUUUCACAUGACAAUCGGCAAUCUGGUGCGAGGAUCCAAACUUUUAUGCGAGACAUCCUUGGGAUACAAAAUGGACGAUUUGCUCACUUCAUACAUUUCGUUGAUGUUGACCAACAUGAAUAAACAGAGAAGCAUAAGAGUUAAGUAGUAAAAUAUCUAUCUCAUUCUGAGAUAUUUUACAUUUGUAUGAAAAAGUUUUAAAAUGGGGUAUUCUUCACCAAAGUAAAAUCGUUCUUAAAAAUUCGUAAAAUGAAAUUUCACAUUUAAGCUUCGGAGGCAAGUUUCACCACUUCUCGUUCUUAAAAAAAAAGGAAAAACACUCAAAAUAUAAUCCCCAUGUUUGUAUGGCCAAUCAAAAUCACAUUAAACUUCUUUAAUGAACGACGAAUUAGAAGGAGCGAUAUGUUUACAUUGCAUUGUUUGUCGCCAAAAUUGCAUACUUUUCGUGCAUACUUUUGAUUUAUUUUUCUACCAUUGCCUGUUAAAGUGACAGCGUUAUAACAUAAUAAUACUUAGUGGUGGAACAUCUACCUUCAUUAGGCGUGUGCCACUCUUAGCAUAUUAUGUAAUAAGUAUCAUGUCUUGAAAUCGUUUAACACCACUUUUAAAAAAGAACAGUAAAUAUACGAAUUUAAUGACAGAACUAUCAAAAAAAAUAUUUAUUCGUUGGUCCCAACGGUGACCUUCAAGUUUAAUUAACAUUUAUUGACGACAUAUUUUAUUUAUUUGUCUUCCAGUUGACACUUCAUUUGGUUUUUCCUGUUAUUUUCACAUUCCUGUACAGUGUGUUAUUAUAAAACUCUGAAAGGUCCUGUAACAUGGUGAAAUUGUGCGGACCCAUCAUUCCAAUUUUAAGAUGGGCGUCUAGCCUCCCAAAGCGACAAGCAAACAUGAGGAUAACUGUCGUUUUUUCAUGUACCAGACACGUUACUCUCGUCCAUCGUCCCGAAAGUGCCAAAACUCCCCCGAAAGGCGAAAACCCACCCAGAACUGUUGUCGUAACAGACAGACAGAUUAAUUUUUAUGCUAUCUUCCACUGCAUGUGCAUUGUUUAUGAAUCUGAAAUACGAGAAAAAGUACUUGACAUCUAAAGCGAACCAUGUUGUUUGUCGCCAGAGGAUAUAAUAUAAGAUACAAUACUUUGGACCUUGAGAUGACCAAGAAAAACAUCUGCGCAUUGGAGAUCCAAUAACAAACAAUAAGAAAAAAACCUGGAUAAAAAACUCAUGGUACAUUAUUUAGUUUGGAGAAUAACAAUUGAAUCUUUCCUUCAAGGAUAGUCAACCACAUUGGGUCACAGGUCCGCAGAAUAACUAAAAAGGCUGUUGCUUAAUCUUAUAUAAGCUGAUUCCUUUACCACAGGAUGAGUUUCGGAUGUUACAUUAUUCAAAAUAUACUUUUUUAUGCAAAAAAUUGAUAUUGACAAAAAUUUUGGAGAAUACCCCAUUGGAAAAUUUUGUCUUGUUCAUAGAGUUCAGAUUAGAACAUUUUAAUUUUUUUUAUUUAGAUUUUGUUGAUAUUUUUGUUACUGGAAGUAGAAGAUCUUAUUGAUUAUGUACAUGUUGAAGCUGUAAAGUUAAAAGGCUAUGUUCGCAUUUGUUGCUCAGUUUUAACAGCUCUAGUUUGCAAUCUUAAUGUGUCUGGCUAGUUUGCCCUAGUUUGGCAAUAAGGGAAAUACGCUUCCCAAUAUUUGUCGUAUCUAAGAUUUGUUGUAUCGCAUUUUUCAUAAAUUGAAUAACAAUAAAUCAAAGUUUCACCAGAAAGACUUUUUGUAUGUCAAUAAGAAUCUCCAGUGUAUAAUCGGUGCUUCCCAGUGGGAGUUUUUAUCAAUCAUUCAAAUGAUUUAUAUACAUAUUAUACAUAAGUGCAUAUGUACUGGAACUGCUGUUAUUGUUUUCUAUUUUUCUGUUAUAUUUAUCGAUGUAAAUAUAUUUUGCAUUCCGAUUGUCAUUUUUAUAUAUUUUAAGAAUCUUGUAAAUAGGUGAAAUGAUAUUAUUUUGACAAUAAAUUAUGAAGUUUAAAA